AUGGAUAGUUUACCACCACCCAAUGAUGAAGUAUUAAAUAAUACAAAUAAAGUUAUAAAUGAUUUAGAAUCAAAAUUAGAGUCAAAUAAUUAUAUCAUAGAUGAUUUACAAUCCAAUUCUUCGUCAGUCAUACAUAAUCAAAACUUAUUAGGAUAUGGCAAGCAAAAUAUUCAAAGUCAAGUUUUAAAUUUAAUUCAAUUAGAAGAACAAGAUAAAACUAGUCGAGUUCAUGAAUCUAUAUUUAAUCCCAAUGAAAUUUUCAACGAUAGAAAUAAUAAAUUUAUGAAUACGAAAUUUAAUCAAGAUUACAAUGAUGAUAAAGUUGUUUCAAAUAAAUUAACGAGAAAAGAUUCAUUAACUAAAUUAGAAAAGAAUAAAGAAAAGAAUAAAGAAAAGAAUAAAGAAAAGAAAUAUGGUAUAUUUUAUUCAACCAGUGAAAGUGAAAAUUAUGAUUUCAGUAUUGAUGAUGAUGAUGAUGAUGAAAUAACAGAUGAUAAUUUUAUAAUACCUCCUUCACCACCUCGUUCGCCACCUAAAGAUUUAGACCCUGAUAAAUUAUAUGGUUUAUAUGAUUUUAGUGGACCCGAUCCAGCUCAUUGUAAUUUAUCUAGAGAUGAGGCUGUAUAUUUAUUGAAUGAUAGUGAUAAUUAUUGGUGGUUAAUAAAGAAAUUAUCCAAAUUUGAGAGAAUUAAAAGGAGUAAUCUGGAUAUUCAACUCGAUUCAGAUUCAGAAGAUGAAAAAAUAGGAUUUGUACCUGCCGAAUGUCUCGAAACAUAUCAAGAGAGAUUGGCAAGGUUGAAUUGUUUCAAAAAUGAAGAGGUUGAAAAAUUGUUAAUUGAAGAUGUGGAGCAAAAACAUUCCAAGGGACUGAAAAUAGUGAGAUUUGAAGAUCUACAAAACAUAAUAGACGAUGAUAAAGAAAGUGAAGAUGAUGAAUCAGAAUCUACAAAUGUCAAGAUACGACAGAACCUUGAAAAUUAUAAUAAUUUAUCACCACCGAAAAUCAAAGAUGAAGAAUUAGAAAAUGAAGUAUUAAGUGAUGUAUAUCCAACUGAAGUUCCAUUAAUCAUAAAUAAACAUUCAAAAUCACCAACACCAGUGAAUGAAACUCCAAUUAUACAACAAUAUGAUUUAUUCACACAACCUAAACAACAUUUAAACACUCCUGAUAAUAUAUCUAUUGGUUCAUAUUCACCUGAUACUCCAUUGAAAAAAUCACCCCCAACCACAAAUAAUAUAGAGAAUGAAAGAACUGAAAGAGUUACAACUUUGAGAAGAUCUGUUAUACUAGACAGAUUAACUAAAGUUACAAGUGAUAUAGAACAUCAAUUGCAAUUACAAGAUGAUGAAGAAGACGAAGAUUAUGACAGUGAAGAAAAUGAUUUUUCAUUUGAGAAUUAUGGAGAUCAUUCAGAUGAGGAUAAUAAUGAAGAAGACGAUUAUAUACCCCAAAAAAUUACAAUUGAUUUAACUCAAGAUUCUCCUACUUCACAAUUCAAUGAUAAUGAUCGACUUGAGACUUCAACACCAAAUAAUUCACAAUGUCAUGUACCCAAAAAUACUCGUAUUCCAAAAUCAAAUUCAAAUGAUACAUUACAAUUAAAUACAAAUAAUUAUCAUCCACAAACUUCCAAUACAAAUAAACAUAUACAACAAAUAUCCUACAAAAUACCCAAAAGCUCAACAAGUAUGAUUGAUGAUGAAACAAGUAGUACUGAUUCAAAUAAUGAAGAUAUUACACCAUUAACAUCGAUGAAUUCGCUUACACCAAUUGAAGAAAGAAGAAAACUGAAACCAGUUCAUGAAAUGUUUAUGCCUAUAUUAGGUAAAUUUGAUGGUUUAGCAGAAAAAUUGGCAGAAUUAGAUGAAAUAUUGAAAUAG